AUGGCGGUGACCGGCAGGGUCCGGGCCGAGGAGGCCUUCUGUUCCCAGCCUAGUAGCAGCGUCGGGGCGGAAGCAGUGGGUGCGGUGAAGGUGUCAGUGGGCGCUGCCAGCAUCCAGGUGGCGAGGGGAGGGAAUGCGCUUCUGCCUUGCAACUUCCGCACCACGGCCUCGCUGAGUCGCCUCAACAUCAUCUGGACGGUCACCCCACUGGCAGAGCCAAACCACCCCCAGCAGGUCCUGGCCUAUGAGCAGGGAGAGGUGGUGGAGAGUCUGUCCCAGUACACAGGCCGUGUGGGCUUCGCCUUCCCACCCGCCCAGAGUGCCACCAUCUUCCUCAACAAGACACGCAGCUCGGAUAGCGGGACGUACCAGUGCAGCGUCAUGAACCCACCCGACAGGGACACGCCCAACAUCGGGGUCAUCCAGCUCACCGUGCUCGUGCCCCCCUCCAGCCCCGAGUGCUCCAGCGAGGGGAGCGGGGAGGAAGGGGGGGACGUCCACCUGUCCUGUGCCGUGCGGGAAGGCGUGCCCGCCCCUACCUUCAGCUGGGAGAAGAUCCCCCCUGACACGCAGCCCCUGGUGAUGAGCUACACAGGUACUGGGAACGAGGCACGCCGGGCCCUGCUGACCCUGCAGAACCUGACGGCCGCCACCUCAGGCCUGUACCGCUGCACGGCCUCCAACGCGCUGGGCUCUGGCUCCUGCGCCCUCCAGCUGCACGUGCGCCUGGCCCCACAGGGCACACUGGGCAUCGCGGUGGGCAUCACCGUCACCCUGACCAUGGGGCUGGUGCUGCUGGCUCUCCUAGCCCUGGUGCUCUGGUUGCACCACCAGAGCGUGCGGAAGUGGCCGGAGGAGGAAAUGGAGGAUUCGUACAAUGAGAUCAGGGUCGACAGCCUCUCACCGCGGCAUCUGAUCGUAACCAAGACUCUCUCCAGCGACAUCCCCAUGGCCAACCAGGCAGCAAAGCCCCUCUGGAGCUUCACCAGCUCCACCCCCAACACCACCUAUGCCAACCGCCAGCGUUGGCUGGGCGAGGGGAGUCAGGCGGCUCCGCCCGGGGGGCUGCGACAGUCAGCAUGGGCAGCGCCCCAGGGCAGGAAGAGGAGCAGCAGCAGCCUCUCCGAGGAGGGGUCCCUACCAGGCAGCCAGGCAGAGGAGGAGCCAGCCUGGCACCUUUCAUGCCAAGAGCCAGCCCCAGCCAAGGCACUUCCCCCCAAGCACCCCGGAUUCCUGGUUUAG